AUGUCUAUAUUCCCGCGCAUUAUAAACAGAAUUCAGAGUACUUUGCCAAUAUUGUCUAGAGAGGCCAGGCUGUUGCCCUUCACGAGUCGACAUUAUUCCUAUCAACACCCUCGGUCUCAUAUGGCUAAUAUUGUCGGAGAUCCACAUGAUUUCUUCAGCUACACAAGCGGACGAUGGAUAUGGGAUGAAAGGCAGCAACUUCAAGAGAGGUAUCGUGAAUUUGAUAUACUUGAACUGCAGAAAAUCGCUGUGGAAUCAGCAUCUUCUGGACCCUGUGUUAGAAUGGAAAAGUUAGGGGAAGGGUCAUACAACAAGUCUUUCAAGCUCACGAUGGCAAACGGGAAGGCAGUUGUUGCUCGGAUUCCAAAUCCGAAUGCUGGACCAGCUUUCUUGACGACAGCGUCAGAGGUGGCCACAAUGGACUUUUUAAGAAACAUGCUCCACCUUCCAGUCCCCGAAAUUCUUGCAUGGAAUUCUGCAGUUGACUCUACGAAUCGUGUAGGCGCUGAGUACAUUAUCAUGGAGCAUGCUCCGGGUAAAAACCUCGCCGACGUUUGGACAGACAUGGACCUUGAACAUAAGGUUCAGACAAUGGAGGAUAUAGUGGCCAUCCAGCACAAAUUGUUGUCGUUGAAAUUACCCAAAUAUGGGUGCCUUUUCUAUAGGAAAGACGCACCUCCUGGGUCUUGCCCUGCAAUAGUCGAAGGAGAUAAAUUGUUGCAUGAACACAAGAACAGCAUUGCUGAGAAAUUCUCUAUUGGGCCAGUGGUGGACACGGCGUUCUGGAGUAAGGGGCGAGGCGACAUGGAUAUUGAUCGUGGACCAUGGACUUCCGCGGUAGACUACGUACAGGCUUUGGCCCUUCGAGAGGUAGCUUGGAUUCAGAAACAUGCAACUCCGCGUUCUCCCAACGAUCCGUUAUUCGUUUCCCACAGCCAGAACAACCCUGCUGAACACGUUUCACUUCUCCAGAGAUAUCUAUCUGUUGCUCCUCAUCUAGUUCCACGGGGGGAAAAUAUUUUGGGGUCGUUCUUAUGGCACUCGGACCUUCGCACUCCUAAUGUUUUUGUCGAUGAUACUGGCCAUAUCACUAGCAUCAUAGAUUGGCAGAGCACAUGGGCUGGUCCUUUGUUUCUAGAAGGCCGCCAUCCGCACUUACUCGACUAUAACGGUGACUUGAUACUCGAACUACCUGAAAAUUUCAAGCAGCUGGAUGAAAAUAUGCAAACUGCUGUUAAGGACAAAGUCACCAAGUCGAUCUUAUUAUAUCUCUACGAGAAAUAUACGGCGGAAAGGAACCCACUCUUAAGCAGAGUGUUCCGAUAUCCAGAUGGCAAGACAUUGACAGACCCCAUCCGCUUUGUCGGGAAUACAUGGGAAGGAGAUAUCUUACCGCUACGAGAGUCUCUAAUAAGAGUACAGAAGAAGUGGGAUUUAUUAGGCCAUACAGCUAGGUGCCCCGUCAACUUCUCUCCUGAAGAGAUUCGCAAACAUCAUGAGGAUGGCGAAGGCUGGAAUGAAGUACAGGACUUCUGGGACGCCGUAUCGGGAAUCAUGGGAAGGGAUGGCUGGACCUCACAUGCAACAUACGAUCAAGCUAUUUCCAUCUAUUCUCAGAUCCAGGCUAAAGCAGCCUCUCACUCAAACGACAAUGUGUAG